AUGCAGGAGAAGGCCGGCUGGAUGAAUCAAGGUCAGCGAUCGCGGUACAUCAAGACGGGUGGCAUCGUCGCCCUCGUCUUGUUCGUACUGUACUACCUGCUGCCGGGCUCGUCAGGCUCAGUAGCAACCUUCCCCAGCGGCGGUGAUGUUGCCUCAGACCCUUCCAUGGGCACCACCAAAUGCACACGUCCCUACUCUUCCACCAAGCCCCUGAUCCAAUACGCUCUCAUGGUCGACGCCGGCAGCACUGGCUCGCGUAUCCACGUCUACCGCUUCAACAACUGCGGACCCACACCUGAACUCGAGAAAGAGCACUUUGAGAUGACUGCGAAAAAGGAGGGUGGUUCCGGACUGAGUUCCUACGACUCGGACGCCGAGGGCGCUGCAAAGAGCUUGGAUGUGCUGCUUGAAGUCGCCAUGAAGAACGUUCCCGACAAGCUCAAGGGCUGCACUCCGAUCGCCGUCAAGGCUACCGCUGGUCUGCGCAAGCUGGGCCCGGAGAAGAGUGAUGCCAUCCUCAAGGCUGUUCGCAACCGUCUCGAGACCCAAUACCCCUUCCCCGUUGUCAGCGAGGCCAACGGAGGCGUCGAAGUCAUGGAUGGCAAGGAUGAGGGCGUCUACGCUUGGAUCACAACAAACUACCUGUUGGGCAAGAUUGGCGGCCCAGACAAGACCCCCACCGCUGCUGUUUUCGAUCUUGGUGGUGGCAGCACUCAGAUUGUCUUCGAGCCCACCUUCGCUCAGGCCAAGGAUGGCGGUAUGCCCGAGCAGCUUGCAGAGGGUGACCACAAGUACAAGCUCUCUUUCGGUGGUCGCGACUUCACCUUGUACCAGCACUCUUACCUGGGCUACGGUCUCAUGGCUGCCCGCGAGAACCUGCACAAGGUUGUCAUUGAGAACAUGCACAAGUCGAACCCCGACUCCAACGCCUGGCUGACCAAGCCCGUACUCAACCCCUGCUUGAUUCCUGGCAGUACUCGCGAGAUCAAGGUCCCUCUUGGUGAGGGCAAUGCUCUCGGUACAUCUGUUACUGUCAACAUGACCGGCCCUACCACUGGCUCUGCUCCUCAAUGUCGCGCUAUCGCCGAGCAAACCCUCAAGAAGGAAGAAGAGUGCAAGAUCUCUCCUUGCGCUUUCAACGGUGUUCACCAGCCUUCGCUCUCCAAGACCUUCGCCCGCGAAGACGUUUACCUCUUCAGUUACUUCUACGAUCGUGCCCAGCCUCUUGGUAUGCCCGAAUCCUUCACUCUUUCCGAGCUCAAGGACUUGACCGCUCGUGUCUGCGAGGGUCCUAAGAGCGAGACCAAGGCCUGGGACGUCUUCAAGCCAAUCUCUGGCGCAAUCAAGGAGCUUCAAGGCCGCCCGGAGACUUGUCUGGAUCUGAACUUCAUGGUCGCUCUUCUGCACACUGGAUACGAGAUGCCCAUUGAUCGUGAGGUCAAGAUUGCCAAGAAGAUCAAGGGCAACGAAUUGGGUUGGUGUUUGGGUGCCAGGUAUGUCUACACACACAAAGGAAAGUCAAGUCAAAUGCAUACUAACAUGUCUGUANGUCUUCCUCUUCUUAGUCAGGAGAGUGGCUGGUCUUGUAAGAUCAACCAAGUUGCGUAG